AAUUCUCAAUGUAGCGUGAUCACGUGGUGGCUACGUCAUAUACCUCUAAUAUCGAAGAUUGAAAUAUUAAGCUCGUUUAAUUAAGACCCGGGCAAGCUCCAGCAGUGAUUUACACGCCCGAGUUAACCAGUUGCCGCGUAAGUGAGGACAACUGUUGUGUCCUAAAACAAGACAACCACAACCCAGUGUUCGAUUAUUUUUCAGUUAAGACUUGAAGUGGUUGGUUUGUACACGAAAGUAAAACAAGAUAAAAUACAAUGUCGAUGACAGUUGAAGACGCGAGAGCAAAAUUGGACAAAGAGCAAAUAUCUGAAUUCAAGCAAGCGUUCGACAUCUUCGAUCAAGAUGGCGGCGGUGACAUCAGCACGCGGGAGUUGGGGAGGGUGAUGAAAAUGUUGGGACAAACACCAAGUCCGGAGGAACUUGCUAAGAUUGUAGAGGAAGUUGACGUUGAUGGCAGCGGUACAAUCGACUUCGAUGAGUUCUUGAUAAUGAUGGUUAUGCAGAUUAGUGAGGAAGGGAAGACGGCGAGCGAGGAAGAAUUGAAAGAUAUUUUCCUGCUGUUUGAUAAGAACGGCGACAGUUACAUUGAUUGGGACGAAUUAAAGGAAGCGUUGAGCAACACAUCGGCCAAACCAGCUGUGGAAACAUGGGAGGUAGACGAGUUGUUUAAGGAAGCGGACAAGAACGGAGAUGGUGUCAUUGAUAUUGAAGAAUGGACUUUAUGGAUGGACGGCGUUCAAGGUCACUAACCACGUGACGUGAUAAAUAUUUUCGUGAAUCGUAAAUUUUAAAUAAAUUUUGCAAAUUUUAAA